AUGCUUUCACCAAACUCUGCAUCCGCUGCUUCUUACAAGUCUUUAUCAGCUUACCUUAGCUUCAAUGAAAGGAAACCCGAUGGCCUAGUUACCACUUCUGUUUCUAUUGAAGAGUUUCCUGAGGCAUAUGAAAAUACAAGGAUUGAAGAAAAUAAUGAUUCCAAUAUAGUAAGUUUACUUAGCGGUGGACAAUCCCCAUCGUUACCAUUGCACUUAGAUGCCAAUGGUGAUAUAAGUAAAGUUGAUAGUGAUAGAAAAGAACUCCAAAGUAAAGAUGGUAUCAAUGCAGUGUUGGAUUCUCAGAGUAUUUUGGUCUUGACGUCUAGCCGUAAUGCCUCAAGAGGAACUUUAUGCCAGUAA